AUGUAUAAGUUCAUAAAAUUGCUCUUAGGUCGUAAAUGCUCUGAAUGCGAAGACUAUUUCUGGGGAGAUCCAACCACUGUGGAAGGAUGUAAGAGAUGUGAAUGCAAUCCAACUGGAUCAGCUAGUCAACAAUGUCACCGCAACAAUGGAACAUGUGUUUGUCUGCCUGGCUCCGGAGGAGAUUUCUGCAAUGAAUGUGCGCGUGGAUACACAGGAACAUGGCCGUAUUGUCAGCCAUGUGGAGAAUGCUUCCAUCAGUGGGAUAAUAUUAUCCAAGGACUUAAAUCGCAAGUCGAAAACCUUGUCAAUACUGCAAGCAACAUCGAGGAUACUGGUGUGGCUUCUGCCUAUGACGGAGAGUUUGAAAAUAUGGAGAAAAUCUUGGAUGAAACGAAAAAGAAGUUGUCUGAUGCAAAUGUUAGCAAAGAACAUAUUGAACAGCUGGACAAUGAGGUGGCUAAGCUGAAGAAAGAGGUUGCGGGAGCUCGCGAGAGACUGGACGGAAUUGAAGCGCGAGUCUCGAACGCAACGCAGUCAGUCGAUUUUGCUCAAGAAGACCUCAAACAGCUCCAAACUGAUGCCACUCGUCUCACGGAGGCUGCUGAUGAUUUGCGCGAAAGAACGAACAAGAUUAAGGAAGCUGAUGUGCAGGGAGCCUACAAUAUCACAAAAGAAUCGGCUGCGCGAUCUCUGAAUGCCCAGCGUCGAACGGAUGCUGCUAUUGGCAAGUUAGCUGAAGCGGAAAGUGAAGCUAGAGAUGCUGAAGCUCUUCUUGAGAAGAACAGAGAAGACUUUGACAAGCAGUACUCCGAGAACGAAGCAGCUCUUGCUGAGAGUGAACAUAAGAUCCAUAUGCUUGAAGGAGCUUUACCACAAUUGAAUGCGGAAGUAUGCGGUGGAGAGUCUGCUCCUUGUGAUGCCCUUUGUGGAGGUAAUAUUCAUGAUAAACAGUUUUAUGUAACGUUUUUGUUGAUACAAUAUAUUUUCAACUGCACGAAUUUGAUGUAUUGGCGUUGCUUAGGUCCUGGUGUUUGCGGGUUCUGUGGCGGACAGUCUUGUCUGGCCGGAGCUGUCAGUAAAGCUGAUCAAGCUAGGAGUUUCUCUCUUGAAGCUGAUUUGAAGCUGAAUGAAAAGCAGAAAGAAGCUGAAGAGGUACUCAUUUGCUUUCUUGGUUAUCUUAUUCAUUUA